AUGUUUGUCUUCCAGCAGCUGCGCAACCGCAGCCCCGAGGAGCUGCGGUACAAGCUGAGCGUGCAGUUCAGCGGGGAGGAGGGCAUCGACGCUGGCGGCGUCAGCAGGGAGUGGUACCAGGUCAUGGCGCGUGAGAUCUUCAACCCGGACCUGGCGCUGUUUGUGACAGUCCCCGAGGGCGGCACCACCUUCCAGCCCAACCCCAACUCCAUCAUCCAGAACGACACGGGGGUCUCACACCUCUCGUUCUUCUCGUUUGUGGGGCGUCUGGUGGGCAAGGCGCUGUACGACGGGCAGCUCAUGGACGCCUACUUCACGCGCUCGUUCUACAAGCACAUGCUCGGCCAGCCCCUGACAUACGUUGACCUGGAGGCAGUUGACCCGGGUUACUACAAGAACCUGGCCUGGAUGUUGGAGCAUGACAUCACCGGGGUGCUGGAGGACCUCACCUUCACCGCCGAAUCGGACUACUUUGGCAAGACCGAGGUGGUGGAGCUGGUGCCUGGCGGCAGGGAGCUGCGCGUUGACGAGGCCAGCAAGCGGCGCUACGUUGACCUGGUGGCCCGCCACCGCAUGACAGGCAGCAUCAAGGCGCAGAUCAAGGCGUUCCUUGACGGGUUCUGGGAGCUUGUCCCGCGCGACCUGCUGUCGGUGUUCAACGACCACGAGCUGGAGCUGCUCAUCAGCGGGCUGCCAGACAUCGACGUGGCAGACCUGCGCGCCAACACAGAGUACCAGGGCUACAGCCCCAGCAGCCCCGUGAUCAGCUGGUUCUGGCAGGCCGUGGAGGCCAUGGACAAGGAGGACAGGGCACUGCUUCUGCAGUUCGUCACGGGCACGUCCAAGGUGCCGCUUGAGGGCUUCCGCGCGCUGCAGGGCAUCAGCGGGCCGCAGCGCUUCCAGAUACACCGCGCCUACGGCCCACCCGACAGGCUGCCCUCUGCCCACACCUGCUUCAACCAGCUCGACCUGCCGGAGGCAAAGAGCCGGGAGCAGCUGGAGGAGCGGCUGCUGCUGGCCAUAAGGGAGGGCCACACGGGCUUCGGCUACGCCUGA